AUGUCGGAAUUCAUCCUCCACUACUUCAACAUUCAAGCUAGAGCUGAAGCUGCCUAUUUGAUUGCUCUCCACGGACAAGUUCCACACUUUGAACGCAAGUUUAUUACUGGCUUUGCAGAGAGCGAUCUGAAACAACAAGCUCCAUUCGGUCAAGUACCUUUGCUUGAAAUUGUUUCCUCCAAGACGUUACUUGCUCAGUCUAUUGCUAUUUGCCAAUAUUUGGCAGAGCUCGGUAAGCUCCUUCCAUCACAACAAGCUGCAAAUUCCUCUGAAAACGUUGCCUUGCUAGAUGCUCUUGCUUUGCAAUAUGUUCUCGGAGUGGAUGAAUUCCGUUCCGAAGCCUAUCGUUUGCAUAGAAAUACUACUGAUGAAACAAAAGUCAAUGAUAUCAAGACAUGGAAAGAAGGAAGAAUGCUCUUCUUCUUGGGCAAGUUUGAAUCCUUUUUGGAACAAUCAAAGAAGGGAUUCUUGGUGGGAAAUGAAUUGAGUUGGGCCGAUCUUGUCUUGUAUGAUGCAUUGUACGAACAAUUGUUCUUGUUUGGAGACGAUUUUGCUCAAAAGUAUCCUGCUUUGAAUAAGUUGAUGAAACAUGUUGAAAGUUUGCCAAAUUUGAGUGGAUAUCUUGGAGAUGCAUCAAAGAGACCAAGUCCUUAUAUUCCAAAAUGGAGAAAUUGA